AGUGAAAAAGAAAAAGAAAAAGUUUUUUUAAAAUGGGAAUACCCUGACUUAUUCGCCCCUUUGAGUAUACAUACUCAGCGCCAACCGUAUAAGCCUUCUAGAAUGGUAAUAAACAAAUCUGUAUGUACGUUCAUAGAGGCAAGUACAAGUUAGAAAUUUUAUUCCAAGUGGGUCUAUGUAGUUGUUGUUAAAAAAUAAUUUAUAUAUUUAUAAGUUGAGACAGCAAGUCAGUAGUUUGACAUAUCCCUUUAAUAAAUCUUUUUGAAGGAUAAAAUAAUUCCAAAAAAAUUAAUAUAUAUAUAUAUAUAUAUAUAUAAAUACAGACUUAUAUAUACACAUCUACAUAUAGAUAUAUUUAAUUGUAUAUAUUGCAAGUGAAUAAUAAUUGUGAGUGCCUGACAGAUUUGCGUGGGAGGCCCAAAAAUGGGUAGCAUGGAUAAAGCUGUGAUCACUGGGUUCAUUUGUAGACUUUGUAGUAAAAUGAAUCGUUUUGUUAUCCAUAUUUACGGGGAGGAGGGCGAAAGGAUGAAAUUAGCUGAAAAAAUAAAUGCUUAUCUUCCAAUUACUGUAAAAGUUAAUGACCCAUUGCCUAAGACAGCUUGUCUUCACUGCAUCGAGCGAUUAGAAGCUCAUCACGAGCUCAUGGAGAAGAUAAUGAUUGCUAGGAAGAGACUAGGAAUAGAACCGGAUAAUAAUGCGAGCCAGGCUCCAACAUCAUCCCCAGCAUCAUCCCAGCCUCUAGGAGUAACGUCAACGGAUUCAUCACCUCCACCUCCGACCUCAACACAGCAAACCCAGUUAAAUUCACCUCCAUGUUGACGAUCGUCGUAGUUACUUACAAAACAAAUAAUCAAAUAAUCGCUCAAUCUCACGUCAACAAACUUAAUCCACCUGUUUUACUUUUGUUGAUUAUUUUAUUAAUUAAUUUUCAAUUAGACUAACACAAUUUGAUGUUUAUUUAUACACAAACACAUCUA